AUGAACGAGCAAAGACAACCAUCUAAAAAUGAGUGCCCUAACAGUGUUCCCCAUGCAAGCCCCAAAGACGACGAGCGUUCUGACAAAAGCCCUGACAAAACGGGAGAGAAAGAGGAUGACGUCCAGCUGCCGGCUCCUCCUGCAGCGAAUGAAGCUGCUGGAAAUGACAUCAAUUCCGAAGCAAUUUCCACGCUCGAUAGGCCAGAACGUGGUCGAAAGGAGCGCAAGGAGCACAAGGCUAACCAACCUAAGGGCAAAGCCGAGGAUGUGAAGAAUAAGGACAGGUCUCGUCGCAGAGUGUCCUCAGGGAGCUCAUCAGAACGUGGUCGAAAUGAGCGCAAGGAGCACAAGGCUAAUCAACCUAAGGGCAAAGCCGAGGAUGUGAAGAAUGAGCACAGGUCUCGUCGCAGGGUGUCCUCAGGGAGCUCAUCAGAACGUGGUCGAAAGGAGCGCAAGGAGCACAAGGCUAACCAACCUAAGGGCAAAGCCGAGGAUGUGAAGAAUAAGGACAGGUCUCGUCGCAGGGUCUCCUCAGGGAGCUCAUCAGAACGUGAUCGAGAGGAGCGCAAGGAGCACAAGGAUAACGGACUAAAAAGCAAAGCCGAGGACAAAGCCAAACAUCUAACCGAGAAGAACAGGACGAGACCUGUUGUGAAAGCCAAGGGAAAGCAAAAACAGAAACGUUUGCGUCGCGACAGUGACUCCUCAAUUUCGCCAGAACGUGGUCGAAAGGAGCGCAAGGAGCACAAGGCUAACCAGCCUAAGGGCAAAGCCGAGGAUGUGAAGAAUCAGGACAGGUUUCGUCGCAGGGUGUCCUCAGGGAGCUCAUCAGGACGGGGUCGCAAGGAGCCCGAAGAGUACAAGGCUGACAAACCAAACAGCCGAGUCGAAAUUCUGACGGAAAAAUGCCGCUCAUGUC